AUGCCACGGGCCCUGGACGAGGCAGAGAGCAAAGCCGUGUGGCCUGCACCCUGCACAGCCAGGCUCCUCUGCCACCCCCACCCCCACGACGCUGGCUUCCUCCCGCCGCGGCGCACUGAGGUUCAGUUCAGGCUCCCCAGUGGCUGCUCGGGGUCUCAGGUGGCCUUUGCUGCCGGGGCAGAGCUGUGGGUUGGGGAUCAUGAGCCCGAAAUCGGCGUCUUGAUGCAGGAAGAUCGUUACGUGGGACCAGACGUCAGCAGGACCGUGGUUUUACCCAUGCACUGUCAAGUCGACGUUUAUGCCGGCAGCAGCGAGGAUCGUCGGCGAGGGCAACACAGAGUGCAGGGAAUUGGGCUUCCACUGAGCGCAAUACGGCCACUCGUGCCCCGGCUGAAAGCAGCCAGCACCCUGGUGCACCUCGUGGGCCAGCGGCACCCCCGGCUGAGGAGAGGCGUUCAGGGAACCUCGGCCUGGGGCACGUGGCCUGUUCUGCAUGACUCUGGGCUGACCCCUGCCUGCAGGGUCCGGACGUUCCCACGGGACUCGCCGCUCGGGCGGGACACGGUGCGUGCGCUCAUGUACUACGCCCUCAAGGUCUGGAGUGACAUUGCGCCCCUGAACUUCCACGAGGUGGCGGGCAGUGCCGCCGACAUCCAGAUUGACUUCUCCAAGGCCGACCACAACGAUCGCUACCCCUUCGACGGCCCCGGCGGCACCGUGGCCCACGCCUUCUUCCCCGGCGACCACCACACUGCCGGGGACACCCACUUUGACGACGACGAGGCCUGGACCUUCCGCUCUUCAGAUGCCCACGGGAUGGACCUGUUUGCGGUGGCUGUCCACGAGUUUGGCCAUGCCAUCGGCUUGAGCCAUGUGGCUGCCACACACUCCAUCAUGCGGCCGUACUACCAGGGCCCGGUUGGUGACCCGCUGCGCUACGGGCUCCCCUAUGAGGACAGGGUGCGCGUCUGGCAGCUGUACGGUGUGCGGGAGUCUGUGUCUCCCACGGCGCAGCCCGAGGAGCCUCCCCUGCUGCCGGAGCCCCCGGACAACCGGUCCAGCAUCCCGCCCAGGAAGGACGUGCCCCACAGAUGCAGCACUCACUUCGACGCGGUGGCCCAGAUCCGGGGUGAAGCUUUCUUCUUCAAAGGCAAGUACUUCUGGCGGCUGACUCGAGACCGGCACCUGGUGUCCCUGCAGCCGGCACAGAUGCACCGCUUCUGGCGGGGCCUGCCGCUGCACCUGGACAGCGUGGACGCCGUGUACGAGCGCACCAGCGACCACAAGAUCGUCUUCUUCAAAGGAGACAGGUACUGGGUGUUCAAGGACAAUAACGUAGAGGAAGGAUACCCGCGCCCCGUCUCCGACUUCAGCCUCCCGCCUGGUGGGAUCGAUGCUGCCUUCUCCUGGGCCCACAAUGACAGGACUUAUUUCUUUAAGGACCAGCUGUACUGGCGCUAUGAUGACCACACGAGGCGCAUGGACCCCGGCUACCCCGCCCAGAGCCCCCUGUGGAGGGGUGUCCCCAGCACACUGGACGACGCCAUGCGCUGGUCCGACGGCGCCUCCUACUUCUUCCGUGGCCAGGAAUACUGGAAGGUGCUGGAUGGCGAGCUAGAGGCAGCACCUGGAUACCCGCAGUCCACAGCCCGGGACUGGCUGGUGUGUGAAGACUCACAGGCUGACGGCUCUGCAGCCACAGGCGUCGAUGGGGUGGAGGGGCCCCGUGCCCCUCCGGGACAACAUGACCAGAGCCGCUCAGAGGACGGCUACGAGGUCUGCUCGUGCACCUCCCAGGCCUCCUCUCUCCCGGGGACCCCGGGCCCGCUGGUGGCCGCCACCACGCUGCUGCUACUGCUGCUGCCACCACUGUCACCAGGCGCCCUGUGGACAGCGGCCCAGGCCUUGGCGCUAUGACGCACGGCACAGACCCAUGAGAGGACAGAGGCGGUGGGACAGCCUGGCCACAGAGGGUGAGGACUGCGCCAGAGUCCCUGGGGGAGGUGCUGGCGCGGGAUGAGGACAGGCCACCCUGGCGCUGGAAGGCCAGCAGAGGGCACUGCCCACCAGGGCUGAGCAGACUCAGGCAGCUGGGACGGAGCUGUCCAGUAGCGAGUGACUGCGUGACUGGCAAGCCAAGAGGUGGCCGCUCCAGAGGGGUGCCCAGUCAGGUCACACCGGCCACCAGCCUCCCCCAGCCCUGGAGGGAGCAUCCCGGGCUAGGGGUCUGCCUCUGUCUGUGCCGGCGCCGCCAACUCUACCCACACGGCUGCCUGGUGCUCCCGCCAGCCCGCAGGGCCUCCGUCCCCAGGUCCCCAGUGGGGCAGCCCUCCCCACAGACGAGCCCCCCACGCAGUGCCACGGCACGUCCCCCUUGUGACGCUUUCCAGACCAACACGACUUCUCCCUGCUUUGUA